AUGCAGCCCGCAUUAGACCCUACAGUCUACGUCUUUGUGACCGCAACUGAUCGCCCAAGAGGCAGAGGCCUGGAGGCUGUCGGCUUGAUCGCCGCAAUCACCAACCGGCUGAAGGACCAUGCGAUCAGCACCAAUGUAGUGGCGGGUUUCUUCCACGAUCCUAUCUACGUUCCUCGUGGCCGCGCAGAGGAUACGAUGCGGAUUCUGUGGCAGUUAGCGGAGGAGUCGAAGUGA